GUUUCCAACAAGUGCAGAUCUCAGAGGGGACAAAUGACAAAGAAUGUGCUGGUCUCCUCUGCAGAAACCUGUGGACUCUGGAAUAUAUUUCAAUCCUUCUCCUGAGGAGCAUCGAGGGACACCUUUGCAGAGUUGCAGGUCACAGGAGUCUGGACUGGCAGGAGGCCACAUGGCAGGAGGUCCCAAGGCAGCUCUUCACACCCUCUAGGUGCCUCAGACCAGGUGGUCCAGUUCUCCAGGAGACUCUGAGAAGGCGGUGUGCCCAUGAGGUCAUCUAUGCUGGUCCUGUUGCUUUUCUUCAGUGCCCAGGCCGCGGCCGCCAUCAAGGAGGACUCGGGCGGCGCCCCCACCGCACACCAGGAGGCUCCGGGCGACUCCGAUCCAAGAGUGGGCCCUAAGAUCUUCAACAAGCGGCGCAGACUCUCCCCCAGGGUGCUCUUCAGCGUCCAGCCCCCCGACGCCGAACCCGCGGGGCGUAGAAGCCGAAGGCGAGCGGGCCAGCCUCAGGGCCGAGGCGUGUACUCUGUGUGCGAGAGCGUCAGCGUGUGGGUGGGCAACAAGACCAAGGCCACGGACAUCUCGGGGAAUGAGGUGACGGUGCUGCCAAACGUCAACAUCAACAAUGUCAACAAGAAGCAGUACUUCUUCGAGACCACGUGUCACAGCUCGCAGGCGGGGGACUCGGGGUGCCUGGGCAUCGACGGCCGCCACUGGAACUCUCACUGCACCAACUCGCACACCUUCGUCCGCGCCUUGACCUCCUUCAAGAAGCUGGUGGCCUGGAGGCUCAUCCGCAUCAACGUGGCCUGCGUGUGCGUGCUCAGCCGCAAGUCAUGGCGCCAGUGACACGGCGAGCUGUGGACCACUUCAGG